AGAUUCUCCAGCAUCGGCAGUUCCUACUAUCUCUAUAAGAGUGAGACUGAGCACAGGUAGAUUUGAAAAUGUCAAAUUUCCAUUCAAUCUAGUUUAGCUCGGCACUUUGAUGCCACAGUCAAUCUGAUGCAGUCUUGAAAUCAAGGCAUUGAUUCUCACCUCACUUCUUGCAUUCAUCUCUUCUGUCCAAAUGGACCAAGGCUGUAAUGAGGUCAGAGGCUGAGUGGUCAAUGCAGAAUGCAAACUGAGUGUCAGUCAGCAGCAGUAUAUUGAUCCGUACGUGCUCUUUAAUGGCACUGUUGACAAUGCCUUUCAUCAUUUUGCUGAUGAUGAUUGAGAAUAAACUGCAGGGGUGUUGGUUGGCUAUGUUGGAUUUGCCAUGCUUUUUGUGGAGAGGGCAUACCUGGCAACUUUACCUGUUGAAAAACAGAAAUUGCUGGGAAAACUCUGUAGGUCUGGCAACAUCUAUGGAGAGAAAGCAGCGUUAACAUUCAGAGUUCAGGUCUAGUGACCCUACGUCUGAACGGAUCUGAGCAUCAGCAAACCAGGAUCCCACAGAACAUGUAAAGCCCAGUACGAAUACAGGGAGACAGUGUAAAUCCCGGGAUCUGACCUUUUCAGGAUGGGUUCCUGCGGGUGGUCAGUAUGAGCACUAGAAAGGGGACAAGUUGUUGCACUGAUCACUUGUUCCCCUUCGGGUUUCUGAUCUGAAAUGUCCUACUGAUCAAACCAUUCUCUCCUGUUCAAUUCCAGAGUUACUGAGACUCAGAAAGUCACAGAGCCAGAAGUUCCAGUGAUCACCCUGAACUUGUCCAAUAUAUCUGAACAACUCCAGAAGAAGCUGAAGGGAUGGAAAACGUACCAUACGGACAUAUUGGGAGCCAUCAGUAAGAAUGUGCAGCUUUACUCCAACCUUAGGGAAUGAGAGGAGUUCAGGGAAAAGUCCAUUGAACCUGGAUCCAAAAACAGCAAACUUCAACUUGAUUCUGUCGGAUAGCCUGAGAUCUGUAACAUGGACUGGACAGGAACAGCCCUAUCCACCUCACCCGGAGAGAUUUAGGGACUGUCCCCAAGUUCUCUGCUCCCAGAGCUUCUCCUCAGGAUCCCAUUCCUGGGAUGUGCAGAUUGAUGGGAAUGACUGGGGAAUAGGGAUUGUGUAUGAGAGUGUGGACAGGGAGGGGAAAAGGUCUUCUCUAGGAAAUAGCAGUAAAUCCUGGAGUUUAGAUUGUGGUUAUAUUAUUCCUGACUAUCUCUGGGCCCGGCACAAUUCCCAGUUCACCCUCCUCCCAUCAAGCCAGGUUAACCCCAGGAUCCGAGUCCAAUUGGACUACGAGGCUGGGACUUUGUCAUUUCACCAGGUCACUGACUCACUGAGACAUUUACACAACAUUUCAAACCACAUUCACUGAACCUGUGUUUCCAGCAUUUUAUUGUUAUUGGAACACAUCCAUAAAACUGUUAACUUAAUCCUGAUAGCAAGGUCUCAGAGACAUCACUUUCUGUUUGGUGAUUUUUGUUAUGUCACUUCAUGUUCGGGUAUGUGGAUCUCGGAAAAUGUAACUUCCCCUUGUCUUAGAGGGUUUGUGAUUAUGUCACUUCUAACAUUUCUUGGAAGUUUUUGAUGAUGUCAGUUUUAGGUUGUCUUGAUGGGUUCUUAUUGUGUCGCAUCAGGUCAGCUUGCGGCUUUUUGAUGGUAUCCCUUUCAGGUUGCCUUUCAUUUGCUUCUGGAUCACCUUGAUGGAUUCAAAUGCUGGAUGGCUUGAUGCCACCUCCCAGUUGAUUUUGGGAUUCCUGUUGUCAUUUUGUAUAAGAUAAUGACGGUUUUGAAAGGGUUAAUGUUGGAGAUUGCAUCAUCUCCACCCAAUCUGAAGAUGUCUUUGGGUAGAGAAUCCAAUGGGAAAAAUCAUCUGGAUCAUUGUUUACUGGCGAAUCAAGGUCAAGAUCAGAAUUAAGAUCAACAUUUCUGAAACCAAAGUCCUACCAAUCCUCUAAGUGUGAAGAAAAUAUAAUAAUUGUGAAAUCUUCAGACUCCUGAAUUUCUGAAGUAGGAUUCUUAGGGGAUGGAUGUGGAGUGAUAAAUAUAGUUAUGUACCUGAACAUAUAAAUGUAACCUGUGUAUGUUGGGGCAGGGGGAGAUGUUGUAUAAGAUAAUGGUUCUGAAAGAUUAAUGCUAGAGAUUGCAUUGAGUUCCAUCCAAUCCAUCAAUGCUGCAAAGUCUCAGCAGUCAGAGAAGAGAAUCAGAACUCCAGCACAAAUUCCCAAUAUGCUAACUCUGGAUCCCGAUAGUCUUUGUAACCAUGCUUAACUAGUCAAUGAAACUUAUAGCAUUUACUAUCUUGCAAAAGGCUGGAUUUUGUGAGGAUCGUACUCUGCCCCAUUUUUACAAAUGAAGGAGCUCCACAUUUCUGAGAGGAGUUUCCAAUGUGGAGCCAUGCUUCCAUUCUGACAGUUCUUUUGUACUGAGAGCUAUCAGAGGAGGCAAACCAUUCCCCUUUUCACAGCAGUCAGUUGUAGUUGGAAAAUUAAUGGUCCUUACAGUAACUUUGACAGCUUUGUUCAAAAACCAAGCAUCUAAGUUAAGUGUAAUGUUAGGAUUUUUGGGAGAGAUAGGAUGCCAGACAGAUUGGAGUAGUAUGCCAGGUAAGUAAAGUAUCAGCUGGGUUGGGUGCUAGCUGCGUAAGGGAUAGGGUGGAUGGGUAGGGGUAAGGGUGCCAGCUGAAUCAGGAUAAGAUGCCAGGUGGAAAGGAUGCUGUGCUAGAGUGGCAGAGUGUAAUGUAGCAUGGGUUCAAAUAAGUGAUGUAUUAUUUAGGGUAGGUCAGGCCCAGUGGGUCCAGGAAGGAUGGAGGUCAGGUCUGGGGUUGGUAUCAGGUUGUUGGCACAGCAGCAGGGAUGUUGGUCUGACAGUGGCAAAGGGUCAAUUGCCCAGUCUGGAUUAGUGCAGGGAUUAGUGUCAGGAUCUGGGGAGUGAAAGUGAUGCGGUGGUCAGUAUGGAGAUCUGUUAGAUAGUUACACAGGGAACUGUUAGAUAGUUGUUCAGUUUCUGUUGAAUAGUUAAACAAGGUCUGUCAAGCAGGUCUGGCAGCAUCUGUGGAGCGAAUUCAAAGCUAAAGUUUUGGGUCCUGUAACCCUUCCUCAGAACAGAUGGUAGCUAGGAAAAAGUUGUUUUUUACGCAGAAGAUAGGACUGGGGAGGGGGUAAGGAGUAAAUGAUAGGUGGUGAUAGAGCCCAAAGAGAGAGAAGAACAGUUGGACAGAGGGGAUUACGAUUGGACAAGGAGAAUGAAUAACUGUUAAUGGGGAAUGUUAGUGUCUAACAAUGGGUUGUGUGUAAUAGUAGACCAUGUGAUAACAAGAGACAGUACAGUGUGGAGCCAGAGGAACGCAGCAGUCCAGGCAACGUCAGAGGAGCAGGAAAGUUGACAUUUUGGGUCAGGACCCUUCUUCAGAAAUGGGGAGGGGGAAGGUAACAAGGCCUGGGGUGUGAGGUUUGGGAUAAGAACAUGGGAGAAGCUCAAGCCCUGAAGUUGUUCUUUUCUGUCUUUGGGCUCUAUUUCCACCUAUUGUUUACUCCUCACCACGCUCCCCCCCCCCCCCAAUCCUGUCUUCUGCAUAAAAAAUCAACAUUUUCCUAGCUACCAUCAGUUCUGAGGAAAGGUCACUGGACCCAAAAUGUUAACUCUGAUUUCUUCCAAGAGAUGCUGCUAGACGUGCUGAGCUUUUCCAGUAAUUUUGAUUUUUCGAUUUUUUGAUUUCCAGCAUCUGUAGUUACUUCGGCUUUUAUUCUGUUAAUUGUUACUCUGUUUCCUAAGUAACUAUUUUACUUUAUUUUGUUGGAACCCUCCAGAAGUUUCCAAGUUAAAUGGUGACUUUCAGAGAGCUCUAGGUGUAGAGGAACUGCCCAGCACAAAAUUCAAUUUCUUGGGCAACUCCUUCAAAUUCUGCUGUGGUGAGACUCCACAGAGUCUCCAUGCGCUCCUUCCAUCAAUGAUGGAGUAACAACUCUCUGCUCAUCAGAAAAUCGGGCCUAUAUAUUGCUUAAGGCAAGAGGCUCUUCUCACUAAUGACUCAUCUGUAGUUUAUGCUCCACUGUUUCUAAUUAGAUAUGCCUUUAGCACAGAAAAAGGAAUCGGUAACAGUACUCUAUUCCAUGCAUAAGCUCCCAAUAGUUGGUUCCAUAUGACAUGAUCAUUAGCAUUGGGAACCAUUGCUUAAAUACUUCAAAGUAAUGACAUUGGAAAAAAUCCAACCUAAAAUGCAUUAUCACUUUAAGAAAACUCAGUCAGUCAAUAGCUACAAGUGCAUGAACAGACAAGUAGCUAGAAGCACCCAUGGAAACAGCAGCAGGGAAAAAUCAACACUUCAGAAGAAAACCUUGACCUCAAAACUGGUAAUACAUGCAGGAAAAACAAUAUUGAGCGGGAAGAAGAUAAAAAUUGGUCACACUGUGAAGUUAGAGUCCUUAGAGAAGAAGGAUCUGUAGGAAGCAUUUAGAAUUUUGUGAGUAAAGUUAGAAAUUCUUGAGGGCAGAAGUGUUAAACUUUAAAUCACAGUGCAAAAAGAAGGAAGGAUAAGUGAAAAGCAGUACUUGGUCCUGCAACAUCAACAUCACAAUAUCAGUGUGGCAUUUAAGGCAACUGAAGGUCAAUUUAAAAGAUUUGGAAUAAAGAGUCUUCAGAGUUUUAA